AUGGAUUAUGGUCCGACCCGACUUGAUUCAUUAUUAUCAUAUCGUCUUAAUAUGGUUGUUCAUUCUCCUCAAUCUUAUCCAUUUCGUGGCAUUAAAUAUUUUCUCACUCAUUCUCAAUUAUGGUUUCAUGUCUUAUUUGGUGUUAUCAUUAUGGUUGCAUUUACAUUAGCCACUAUCAUCUUACUCUUUUUAUUCGUCUUCCCACUGCAAGCACAUGCAUUUCAUGAGGGUAUAACACAUUUUCCCGAAUGGUUGUCGUGGAUAUUGUCGUUUUUAAUUACGAUUUUGGAAGUAGCCGUAUGUGUAAAUAGAAAUCUGUACAUUACAUCACCGCUGAAUCUCAUACCGUGUAUUGGAACAAUAUUCUAUAUUUAUUUGAAUGGUUUCUACUAUGCAUGGUCACUUCAUUGUAAAUAUUUUGAUUUGUUAGGACUCAACUUUCAACAAGGUAAACGUUAUGUUCAUCAAAAUCGUUCGGACUAUGUUCGCUUUGGUGUUGUUGCUGUCCUAUUAGAAAUGAUUCCUCUUCUUAAUUUUUUGACUCCAGUCACUAAUAUUAUUGGAAGUGCUUUAUGGGCUUGUGAUAUCGAACGAUUCAAAGAACCUCUUGAACAUCCAAGAAACUUUUUGUUAGCGCCAGCUGAAUUACCAACAACUACUAGUCUACCUCCCGGAAAUUAUGGAUCAAUAAAAGAUGGCAGUGAAAAAGUUGAUUAUCCACCGAGUUAUAAUGAAGUAAUUGAACAACAAGCGCAAGCAGCUAAUAUUUAUCCCACGGCACCUGUUGAACCAAGCUAUCAAGAAAAGCAAUGA